GCCACCAGCAGCAGCAUCCCUGUACACCCUCCUCAUCAAUAUGCGCUUCAGAUCCUGAAUGUAAGAGCCUCUUUUUCUUGCACAGUCAGAGACGGCAAAGACAAGCGGAGCCAGUGUUUCAUGACCGGGGAGGCGAUGUCUACCCAUAUUUCAUAUCUGACUCCAUCCUCAGCAAGCUGCUGACUUUUACCCGUCUCCUCAGUCGACUUUCUCCUCUCGGACAAUCAAUGGAUUUACUCUGAUUUGAAAGAGCGUCCGGAACCGUCUCGACUGUUGCUAUUGUUGUGGUUUUAAACAACGCGGAAAGAAAAACAGGAAAAAAGGGUGAUGAUUGCUUUGCACAGGGUCGGUCAAUUUCGCGUCUUGUCCGCACUGGUUGUCGGUUCGAUUGUGUGUUGCGCAAAAAGCGUCAAUGAACCGGGCAACAUGUCUUUCGUGAAGGAGACGGUGGAUAAACUACUGAAGGGAUAUGAUAUCCGACUGAGGCCGGACUUUGGAGGGGCCCCUGUUGCAGUCGGGAUGAGCAUAGAUGUGGCCAGCAUAGACAUGGUGUCAGAAGUCAACAUGGACUACACGUUGACCAUGUAUUUCCAACAGUACUGGAGGGACAAGCGUCUGGCCUACAUAGGAAUCCCCCUCAACUUGACCCUGGAUAACAGGGUUGCCGACCAGCUCUGGGUCCCCGACACCUACUUCCUCAACGACAAGAAGUCUUUCGUCCACGGAGUCACCGUCAAAAACCGCAUGAUCCGGCUGCAUCCAGACGGAACCGUUCUCUACGGCCUCAGGAUAACAACAACAGCGGCGUGUAUGAUGGACCUCAGGAGGUAUCCUCUGGACGAACAGAACUGCACUCUGGAGAUAGAGAGCUAUGGCUACACCACAGACGACAUCGAGUUCUACUGGAAAGGAGGCGACACGGCUGUGACGGGGGUGACGCGGAUCGAGUUGCCUCAGUUCUCUAUUGUCGAUUACAAGCUGGUGUCCAGAAACGUAGUCUUUUCCACAGGUGCCUACCCUCGACUGUCUCUGAGCUUCAAGCUGAAGAGGAACAUCGGCUACUUCAUCCUGCAGACGUACAUGCCAUCGAUCCUGAUUACCAUCCUCUCCUGGGUCUCCUUCUGGAUAAACUACGACGCGUCAGCAGCCAGAGUGGCUCUAGGGAUCACCACGGUGCUGACGAUGACCACCAUCAACACCCACUUGAGAGAGACACUGCCCAAGAUCCCGUACGUCAAGGCCAUCGACAUGUACCUGAUGGGCUGCUUCGUCAUGGUCUUCCUGGCCCUGCUGGAGUACGCCUUCGUCAACUACAUCUUCUUCGGGAGGGGUCCCCAGAUGCAAAAAAAGCUAGCGGAGAAAGCGGAGAAGGCCAACAACGAGAGGGCGGCCAAGUACGACGCUGCAAGGGAGGCAGGUAGUAGGACCGCGUCCCUAAAGCGGUCCAAUCAGAUUAAAGGUCUUCGCCACUCACGCUCGGCAGAACCGCACGGCCACGGGAACAUCCUGCUCACCACUCUGGAGAUCCAUAACGAGGUGGCGGGAGGCGAGAUCACCACCAGCUUGGCGGACAUUAGGAACUCUCAGUCCAUGGUGCAGUUGGACAGCACAGCCUCGUCGCACAUCCAGUACCGCAAGCAGAGCGGCGGGAUCGGCCCGCGCUCCACCAGCCGGCACUCCCUGGACCGCGCCGCCCAGAUUAAACGCAGCCGUCUGAGGAGGCGGUCCUCGCAGCUCAAAAUCAAAAUCCCCGACCUGACGGAUGUGAACGCCAUCGACCGCUGGUCACGGAUCAUCUUCCCUUCCGUCUUCUCACUGUUCAACCUCGUCUACUGGCUCUACUACGUCUGAUUGGACUGUUUUGUUGAGAUGUUUGUUGUUGUUUGUUUGAUUUUUUUUUCAUUUUGUUUCUUUUUCUUCCUUUUUUUUCUGUUGCUUUUAUACAUGAUGGAAUCUGUUGAGUUAAAGACUGCAACACACAAGACAAAAGAAAACUGACUGAGAAAAGACUACUGAGUUUUGGACCAAGUUCUUGUCAAAAUUGUUUUUAUAUUUGCAGUCUUUGAACCCUUAGUACCAUGGUCUUUUUAUUUUCUAAAGUAUGUACUGUAAUUGGGACUUGUGACAGUCAUUUCCCAACAUUUGCCCUCUCAGUAAUGUGUACAUAGAGAGAUACAAAGCCAGCAAUUGAAUACAUAGUACAGUAUUUGCAAAAAAAGAAAAACACAAUAGUAGUUAAUGCAAUGAUUUUUCUAAUCAAAGAAAUUAUAAUUAAGAAAACUUUAUACUACACAGGUGGUCAGAUAAAUGCAGGCAAUUCCUAAAAGUCCAUUAAACAAACUAAUGUAUGUUUGACUGGUACCCUAUGCACUAUUAAUGCAUGUAAUGAUCAACCAUAGUGGAAAACGACUCCUUUUUUGCCUUGGAUUAUGUCACAACUUUACAGAAGACUGAUGAUGUGCAUUUGUUUAUAGUUUUGAAAAUAUACGGUAUACUUAUUAACUGUGUCAUGCAAUGAUUUGGUAAACCUUUACCCAAACACAAUAAUUUAAAGUUGAGGAUGUUGUCCUCUGUUCAGGAUGAUUGUGACUCAGGUUCUGAAUCUUUUGCUAUUUGACAUUUUUUUCUUGACAAAGGAAAGUGUCACUGAAGUAUCCUUUUUGGUAAUUUGAUAAGGAAAAGAAAGCACAAAUAUGAAUAAAACUGCCAUUUUUUCACUUCUACCUUCUAGCAACAGCGCUUCAAGUGAUAGCAUGACAGAAUUGCACUCAAAUUUAAGAACUUCCUCUAAAAAAAAACUGUCUUACUUUAAUUUAAAACAACUGCCAAGGGCCUUUUGGGCGACACGGUUACUCUACCCAUGAAAUACUUUGAUAUUUUUGUACUCUGUGUCUUCAGGUAUUCAAUUGAUUUUCCUAACCCGUUUUUCUUUCACACUCCUGUUGUGGUGAUAGAGUGGAGGAAUGAAACCCAUGUUUUUUGUACAUAAGUACAUAGAUGUGUAUAUACAAAAAUGUAUAUAUACUGUGUGUACAACCCAAAAUGAAAACAUUUUGUGAUACUGGCUAUUAACUGGCUAAAGAAAAAAAAAACGAACAAAUUAACCAACAGGUCAGUUUCAAGCAUCAGUUUAGUUUUUGAGCGUUUGUGGGGCAAUAUCUUCUCAAAACAUCCGACCACGUUGAAGUCCACUCUAGACACUGUACGUAUGUUCACCCCGCAUUCCAGAGUUACUGUACCGCCAUACAGCAGCCGAUCCAAAUGGAUUUCAUUGAUUCCGCAGACGGAGCACGAUAACCGGCCUGUCGACUAAUAAGCACAUACUAGCGCUGAAUGUAUCAGAUCCAUUCUUCAGGGAGAGGAUAAUGAGCCAUGGUCAUCAUUUCUCCAUCAGAAUGUAACACGCCCAUUCUUACGAGUGAUGACGAAAGAGAGCGGAGGGCUGGUGUUUUUAAGAGUGUGUGCAUGUGCAUGUGUGUGUGUGUGAGAAAGAUGGGAACUGGAUAAGGAGAGCUUGAGAUAGGAAGGGCGUGGGUAGACCAUUUAUUUUCUGUGCUGCUUGCUCGAUUACGGACAAAUGUCAACGUGUAAUAGUUUUGUGGAUAAAAAUAGCUCUCCUGUCCCACUCCUUUUGAUAAACUGUGUGCCAUUCCACCUAAGGUCACAGAGCAAUCAACCAGUUACAACUCAUGGACGACGAUGUAAAUCUGUCAUAGCUAUAUUAACAUUCAUACGCCGUACGUGAAAACAUUGCUACUUGGUAACAUUGAGCUCAGAGUUGGGAUCAAUUCAACUAAACAAUUGUAAAGUUUUAUGUGUACAGACUGAUUGAUAUAUGACUAAGAACUGAAUGUAUUGUACUUGGAUUGUUGCUGCACAAAUGCAAUUUUCUUUCUGGAAAUAGGGAUUAUAUAAUAAUAUGUAAUAUAAUUAAUCAGUGUUGAGGUCACACUGAUUAAUUAGGGCUCUAGUUGAUUCCACAUUCAAGUGACCCCAAGCUGGUUUCUUGUCCUGUUUUCUACUGUGUAGACGGGGCGCAGUGCACAAAUGACCUGGGUCCAAGACAGAAGAAAGCUCCAGAAGGAAAUAAUGAUAUCAUAUAUAACAGUCAAAACAUCUCGCUAAAGAUGUGUUCAAAAAGAAUUUGAAGCGAAGUUUUCAACAUGCGACAUUUGUACGAAUGUUUGUUUAUUCGGCCCCAAAACGGCAAAUGUAUCGGGAGGUUAGUUAGCGAUGGACGCACUGUGUCUUUCUGUUACUUCCCUCUCGUUUUUGAAGCUAGCCGUCGUUUUUUCCGAAAGGAUGAAACGUUUUCGACUUUGUACGCAGCUGCGCCGCCACUAAAGUCGUUUGGCGUUCUGUCUGAACACGCGGUGAAGAGGAUGUUCGACUCAAGCACAAAGCAAUGUUUCCUGUUACGACAUGGAACCAGUUUGUUCAAGCUGCAUCGCGUAGUUUGAAGGAUUAAAUGUCACUCUAUGACGCUUCAGUGUCGUGUAAAUAAGAUACAAUAAGACAGAUUUCUUGAACAUUUGAAGCUCGAAAAUAACUUUACUUCAUGGCUUGCUGGUUCAACUUGAUUUCAACGAUUACUUUCCGGGCAAGUUUUUUGCCGUUGGUCAUCGAAUGAGUCGUUAUUUGAAUUACCGAACUACAUCGUGCAGUUGAAAAGUGAACGAGACGGUUACUCUUGAUACUUGUUUAUCAUGCAUGCAACUACAAUUCGUGACUUGGGAAGAUAAGAAAAAUAAAACAAAAAAAAGAUAUUUUGCAAACUCACUCAUCAGAGCUGCCAACUGCUCAUUUUAGAGAUGACAUAAUGCCAUGUGAGCCUACAAUAAAAAUAAAAAAAGUAAUAAAAAAAACGAGUCAUCAAAGACUUCAGGUGUUGUAUGGCCUUGGUCCCAUAAUGGAAUGUGAAAUGUUCUGUGCUGCCACAAAAUGUAUUUAGGCUUAGAUUUAUACUGUAUAUCUCUGUAUGUUUCUCUUCCUUUUUGAAUAGAUUAUCAUGUUAAACCAUCAAAUAAAUUAUAUACAUUG